UACUAGGCAGCGUUAGCGGAGUUCCAGGCGUUAGCAAAAAAGCUAAAAGAUAACUACUCAUUUAUUCACACACAUACUGUUAGAAAUGUAACCUUUUUUACGACAACUUACUAAAUGUUGAUGAAAGAAAUGUCCGCUUCAAGAGAAAUUCGAGAGAAACUACGAAAGAAACAAAGGGCUUUGCACGAUACUUUGGUAAAAAAUAAAAAUGAGGACGACAUCCAGGCUCUGGUUCCGUCUGCCAACAUCAAUGUGGACAAACAACCGACUGAAACGAAGGAAGCUGAGGACAGUGGUGAGGACCAGGGAGAGACUCUGAGACGAAAAUUUAGAGACCAGAGAGAGAAGAGAAAGAAAAAGUUGCUGGAGCAGGGUGUUUUGCAGAAGUCUCAUGAUGCUGAGGAUACAGAGGAUGUUUCCACCUCUCAGCACUACAGUCUAAAUGAGAGAUCAGCUGAUUCUGUGGUUUCUACAAGACCCCCAACUGGUUCUCAGGGAGGUUUCUCUGUAAGAUCGGAGCAUUCUUCCACCUCUCAGCACUUAGACACAUUAGUGACACGACAUCUGCAAGAGAAGCUGAGAGCAGCAAGGUCUAAAGGAGAUAGCCUGCAGCAACAGGAAGCCUCAGAAGCUUCUACCGAGCCUGUCAGCCGACUGCAGAGGCUCAAAAACAGAAACACUGCAACCAGAUUUGAUAGGGAGGUCGAUCCAGUCAUUGCAGGGAGACAGGACGACCCCCUGGCCCUUCGCUCCAGAGUCAAGUUCAGAGAAGCUGCUAAAGCAGUAGUUAAAGACAUCCCAACGGCUGAGGAAGCCUACAAUUUCUUUACUUUGAACUAUGAACCCGACCCACCAAGUCGGAUAGAGACAGUUAGCAGGAAGAGACAAAAGCAGAGAGACCAGGAAAGUGGAGAUGAAGAGGAAGCUGAGGUGGAGGAGGAUGCUGAAGCAGAGGAAGAGAAUCAAGAUCAACACGAAUACCAGAGUGAAGAAGCUCCUCUGGUUCGGAGUGAAGAUGAUUUAUUCAUCAUUGACCAAUCGCCGCAGGACUUUGUGGAACUGAGGAAAGCGGAGUACAUCAGUUACCAUAAGCGUGUUCAGCGAGACCGUGAGCUCUUGUUUACUCCAAGCUUUCGAACAGUUCCGACCUCUGUUAAACUGCCUGAAAAUAUGAAGCCCCGCUUUCUGGAGGAUGAAGGUCUCUACGUAGGAGAAAGGCCUCCUGUAUUUGGAACCAAUGAAAACAUUUUGGAGAAUCGCAUUUUAAAAAUGGCGGAGGGAAACAAAUGGUUUGGAGACGAUGGGAAGAUUCUCGCUCUGCCUAACCCUAUAAAGGAAUCAUCCACCAGGCCACCUCUGUUCCACAUGGAGGGCGACUUGGAUCCCGCCCUGCAAACUGUUUACAGGAAGGCUCUGAAGUCCAAGUACGCAAACCUGUAUAUUGCUGGAGCUGCAGACCCUGAGGGAGACUACCAGCUUGACGUUGAUGUCUCUGGGCUGAUCUUCUCCCAUCACCCUCUCUUCAGCCGCGAACAUGUCCUGGCGUCACGUUUAGCUCAGCUGUACGAUCAGUACCUCACCAGACAACAUAACAACCUCACAGGCAACCUCACUGAUAAGUUGAACGGUCUAAGGAACGCCCUGCGUAAUAUGGUGAAUAUUCACGGUGAGCAGGGCUCCUCUGAGGCCCUGCAGCAGAGGGUUUCUGAGUACAGUCUGGAAGUGAGGAACACUCGGCAGCUGAGAGACACAGAGCAGGAGAAAGACAGGACUCUGCUGAAGAGCAUCACUAAAGUGUGGAAGGAGAUCAAGUCCCUGAGAGAGUUUCAGCAGUUCACCAACACACCUUUUAAGCUCUACCUUAGAAGGGAGAAUGUAGAUCGGGCUUCAGAUGAGCGGGAGUAUGAAGGUGAAAUCUCGGCAGAGGUUUUGGAGCUGGCAGCAGAAAUGGAAGAAGAAUACCAAAAGAAAGCAGCAGAGUACAAGAAGCAACUGGAAGAUUGGAAACUCUGGAAGAAAAAGCAGAAAGCCAAAAUGAAAAAGAAAAAGAAGAAGAAGAAAGGCCAGGCCCAGGAUGACACAGAAGAAGAAGAUCAGGAUGGGAGCGAGUCUGACGGGCCCUCUGAGGAAGGACCUGUGAAGCCAGAGGCCCCUGAGAGACCAGACAUUGAAUCCACGGAGCAGUGGGUGAGAGAAAAGGCCUCCAGGAUUCGCAGGAAACCAGGAGAGCCCAUCCUGAUCCCAGAGCUGUCUGCAUCAGGUAGCAUCACAGCCAGUGAACUCUGCCCCAGGGCUGAAAUAGCUCGGCGGGAAGACGUUUCCAAGCGUUCUCUUUUCAUCAAAAUCCUUUACAACGACAAGGAAGUUUCCAGAACCGACAGCCGCUCACUGAGCAACGACUUCAGGGUUCACUUUGGUCAGAUUUUCAAUCUGAAAAUACUCAACUGCCCCCAAAGCAUUAAGCUGCAGGUGUUUGAGGAGAUCGGGUCGUCCUGCUCCCUGCUGGCUCAGGUCUUUGUUCCGGUCCCUGACCCAGCCGUCGUUACAGGCAGCGCUCCUAUAGAGGAAUUUGAGUUCAGCAGCAACCAACGGGUGAUGUUUGAUCACGAGGGAGUUGGAAGUGAUGUUCCGCUCUCCUUCGAGCCCGAUGGAAGCAACAAACUGACGCUGCUGACCUCUGGGAAGCUGUCUUGCUGUGUGUCAUGGGGGAUCGGGGAAGAAGGAGUCCCGCUUGCACCACCUGCUUCACAGCAACCGGGGGGCACACACAGAGGCCAUCUAGAUGCUGUCUCCUAUAUCGGGGCUUCCGGACUGUAUGACAUGAAAAAGAUUGGUGAGUGGGCCACACAGUCACGACUGGACCCCAACGAUCCGAAGAACACCUCCAUCAUGCAGCUGCUGAAAGUGGCGAGCAGCGGAGAGGUGACCGCCCCCGACUACUUUCGCCUUGAGCAUCUGCAGGAGGAGUUUAAUUUCGUUACAGAUGAGGAGAUGGAGCGGUCCAAAAGGCUCCGCCUGCUCAGGCUCAGGAACCAGGAAGUUCCAGAGUUUCGUAAUUGCAAGUUUGUUCCUCUUCUUGAAAGGGAGAUCCCUGACAAGGUGUUCCAGGAGUAUGAAAAAAGAUUAAAAGAUGGGGAGGAUAUUGACACCAAGGAACAUUUGGAUCCUCACAGAGCUUUAGCAGCCAGAUACCUUCACAAGAUAAGGGAAUCGGUCAUCGAUAGAUUUAUUCUGGCCAAACAUUCCUACCAACUGUCCGACCUGGUGAUUGAAGAAGAGAUACCAAGCAUUGGGAUUCUUGGAAUUAACCUUUUCAAGCUGGCUGAGUCCAAACGGCCACUGAAACCUCAAAGGAAAGAAAGGAAAAAGGUGACUGCCCAGAAUCUGUCCGACGGAGACAUCAAACUGCUCAUUAAUGUCAUUCGGGCCCACAACAUCCCCAUACGUAAACCCCAGAGCAAUAAACCGGGACAGUCUUCUCAGAGUGUCCUCCAGGGCAGUGAUUGGUACCUCAGCCAGAUACAGGUGAGGCCAUUUGUGGAGGUUUCCUUCCAGCGCACGGUGCUCCAAACAACCACGGCUGAUGGACCAAAUCCGAGCUGGAAUGAGGAGCUGCAGCUGCCGUUUAGCGCACCUAACGGUGACUAUAGCACUGCCGGCUUGCAAUCUGUCAAAGAUGAAGUCUUCAUCAACAUAUUUGAUGAAGUGCUGUUAGAGAGUGGACCGAGUGACAGACAGAGGAUGACGUCCAUUCACACGCAGGUAGAGAAGCACUGGCUGGGCUCAGUCAAGAUCCCCUUCAGCACCAUUUACUCCCAGUCAAAGAUUGAUGGAGCUUUCAAGGUGAACACGCCGGCCGUGUUGCUGGGAUACAGCAGGGAGCACAGCAGUAACAGCGUUUAUGAUCACUGGCGGAGCACGUGUGGAGGGACGUUCAUCCGACUCUUCAUCACCAUCGAACCUCAGCUGGUGCCUGGAGAGUCUAUUAGGGUGAAGUUGGACAGUCAGGAGGAUGAGCGUUUACUGCAGGCUUCAGGGAAGUUUGAGAAGGACGCAGCUCAAGGCUUCCCGGACCGACGCUGCGUCACCACAGUCAUAGACCUCAGUGGGAAGACGGUCUUCAUCACGCGUUACAUCCGACCACUCAACCCCCCACAGCAGUUCCUCGAUGCCUUUCCUAACAACCCUCAGGAGGCAACGACCCUGGUGGCCCGAUUUGUCUCCCUGAUCCCAUCUUUGCCGGACCAGGUUUCCUUCUCUGGAGCCUUUGACUUAUGGAGCACAUGCGACCAAUUCCUGACUCUACUGGCAGGAGAUGAGGAGGAACAUGCUGUACUGUUGUGCAACUACUUUCUCUUUUUGGGAAAGAAGGCCUGGCUUAUAAUUGGCACAGCCAUACCAGAGGGACCCACAGCUUAUGUGCUAACCCAUGAGCCGAGCGGCUACUUCAUCUGGAACCCCAGCAGCGGACAGUUCUAUGAAAAGGACGACGCCUUCUGCCCCCUGCAGACUGUGGGCUGCUUGGUUAAUUCUGACAAUGUUUGGUUGAACAUUCAGGAAAAUCCCUCACCUUUAAACACAAACUUUGACAUCACUAAGGCCAAUAUGUGGAAACCAUUUUUCUCCCGCUCCUUCUCCCACCCCGGGCUGUCUAGUGUACAGCCAGAGGAGUUGGUGUACCGCCAGACGGACGUAGCAGCUGCAGCUGAGCUUCAGGACAGAGUGGAGAAGAUACUGAAGGAGAAGAUUAUGGAGUGGCGCCCACUUCACCCAACUCGCUGGAACCGGUACUGUAACUCAACCCUGAAGCAGUUUCUGCCCAAACUGGAGCAGAGCCGCGGUCAGGAUGUGGCUGAGGGCCACCGCCUUGAGCUGCAGAGCCUCCUCGGAGACUACAGGAUUUCCGGAUUCCCGCUCCAUCUGCCAUUUUCUGAGAUCCAACCGAUUGUAGAGGCAGUUCACAGCACCGGGGUUCACAAUAUUCACUCAUCCAAUGUGGAGUUUGCGAUGGCGGUGUACGUGCAUCCUUAUCCUAACAACGUGAUGUCAGUGUGGGUUUAUCUGGCCUCACUCAUCCGCACGUGAUCAAAGACCGAACCUGUUCAACAUUUCACUAGCUGUUGCUUUUUAUUAUAACUUUUUAUCUUGUUUAUAAAGUACUAAUGUGUAUAUAUGUUAAUGUUUUGAUAAAUAUUUUCUACCUGUCAUCACUCCAGCAUCAGUUCUAAGUGCCUUACAGUAUUAAUUUGCCCUGAA